CACGUCCGAAUGCAGAGCGUGCCAUCUAAAAGUUUUUGGGAGGGGUAUCGUAAGAGAAAGUUAUCAAGUAGUUAUCAAUCACGAUGUCGUUGUAAGUAACGAAGGCGUUAUAAACGUAUUUCGGUGGAAAAAUAAACGAAUUAGAAGGUUGGCAACCGGUAUAAAGGCAAAUGGGUAGGCCAUUGCUGCGUGUAAACGUUAUCAAAGUUAAAGGUACAAUAGAUCUCAUUCAAGUGAGAGCCAGGAUGGAGGGUGGCCGGCAAGUUCGUGUGUCACGCCCACAGCGGAUAAGUGAGUCAUCGAAGGUGUACCGCUGCGAGGAGCAGGCCAGCUGGGUGCUGCAGGGCCUGAACGAGCAGCGUCAGCGGGGCCAGCUGUGUGACGUGGUGCUGCUGGCGGAUGAGCAGCGAGUCCCUGCCCACCGCGCCCUGCUGGCCUUGUCCAGCCCCUACUUCCAGGCCAUGUUCACCCUGGGCAUGCGCGAGGCGCGGCAGGCCGAGGUGGAGCUGGUGGGGGCCUCCUACGUGGGCCUGAAGGCAGUGGUGGACUUCCUGUACAGCGGCGAGCUGCCCCUAGACGGCGGCAACAUAGACUACGUGCUGGAGACGGCGCACCUGCUGCAGGUGUGGCGGGUGGUGGACUUCUGCUGCCAGUACCUGGAGCGAGAGGUGAGCGAGGACAACUACCUGUACCUGCAGGAGCUGGCCCUGCUCUACAGCCUGGAGCGGCUGGACGCCUUCAUCGACCGCUUUGUCCUGGAGCGCUUCGCCACCCUUUCCUUCACCCCCGGCUUCCUGCGCGACAUACGCGCGUCCAAGAUGGCCGCCUACCUGGGGAGCGGCCUGGUGGAGCACGAGAGCGAGCAGGCCCUGCUGCAGGCCGCCCUGCAGUGGCUGAGCCAGGGGCCCGACCGGCCCGCCCACGCCCGCCAGCUCCUGGGCCAGGUGCGCCUCCCCCUGAUCCCAGCGGCGGAGCUGCGGGGCAGAGUGCUCCCGGCCAUGCGCUCGCUGCUGCCCCCGGAGGCCAGCGGGGAGGCGCUGGCGCUGGCCGAGGAGGCGCUGAGCUACCACGAGCAGCUGAGCGCCCAGCCCCUGCUCCAGACGACGCGCACGGCUCUGCGCGGCGGGGUGGAGUGCCUCCUGCUGGUGGGAGGCGAGGUGUCGGAGCGCGGGGAGGAGCUCAGCGCCGAGGUGCGGCGGCUGGAGGGGGGUGGGGAGGGGGGCUGGUCCGUGGAGACGCAGCUCCCCGCUCGGCGGAGCCACCACUGCGUGGCCGUGAUGGGCGGGUUCCUCUUCACCGCCGGCGGGAGCUCGUCCCGCGACAACGGCGGUGACGCGGCCAGCAACCUGCUCUACCGCUACGACCCCCGCAGCAACCAGUGGGUCAAGGGGGCUCCUAUGAACCAGAGGCGAGUGGAUUUCUAUCUGGGAGCGAUGGAGGACUGUCUGAUUGCUGUGGGGGGACGCAACGAUAAUGGGGCUCUGUCAUCUGUGGAGGUAUACUGGCCCCUGGAGGACUGCUGGCACUAUGUCUCAGGACUGCCCAGGUUCACCUAUGGCCACGCUGGAACGGUACACAGGGGACUGGCCUACAUCUCUGGGGGCCACGACUACCAGAUCGGGCCGUACCGACGGGACGUCCUGAGCUACGCCCUGCGGGACGACGCCUGGGCGGAGCGCCGGCCGAUGGGCGUGGCCCGGGGCUGGCACUGCAUGACCUCGCUGCGGGAGCUGAUCUACGCCGUGGGCGGCAGCGACGACCGGGAGGGGAGCGCUGAGCGCUUUGACGUUCUGGCCGUGGAGGCCUUCGACCCCCGCACCGAGCAGUGGACCCGCCUUGCCCCGCUCCUGCAGCCCAACAGCGAGGCGGGCGUGGCCGUGUGGGCGGGCCGCAUCCACGUCCUGGGCGGGUACAGCUGGGAGGCCAUGGCCUUCUCCCGCUGCGCGCAGGUGUUCGACCCGGAGAAGGGCCAGUGGUCCCGGGGACGGGACCUGCCCAAACGCGUGGCGGGGGCGUCGGCCUGUGUGUGUGCCGUCAGGCCCCGCUCACGCAGCCCGGACAGGAAGGGGGCGGGGCACAGGGGCAAGAGCGAGCCGCCCGUCUCCAAGAGGAGGGGCCAUUAGCAUUGGCGCCAGGGGCGGGGCAGUGCGACGGGCCCUCCCUUCUCGUCUCUGACGGACGAGGUCUGCUCAGUGUUACUAUUAAAGCUCGUGCGAGUCUCUCUGCGUGCUGUGAAGUUUUAAGCUAGCCGGAGGGGUGCAAUUAAGUGAGUGUGUUUGUCUAUGUAUUACACAAGUGUGCGUUUGUGUCUGCAUCUGGCUGUCAUAUGUGUUUCAGACAGGAUACGGACGAUGCAGUAUGUGUGUGUUUCAGUGUAUUUCUGCAUGUGUGUGCAAAUUUGUCUGUGUGCGUGUAUGUUGGAGGCAGGAUGCAAAGUGUAUGCAUGUGUGAGAGAGUGGAAUUGGCUACAGAUUGCUGCUGCUGUGUGUGUGUGCACCUCAGACAGAAAGGGAGAUUGAACACAGAUGGCUGGAGCUUGGUUUUAAUAAAAUGUGUUAUGGGCCCUACAGGGACACACGGAUGAGUGAACUGAAUGAAGCAGAAGUGCGAUGAUUACUUUUCGGGUCCAGGUUCUCCGCUACCCCUGGGGCUUGCUCCCAGUUUCAGAAAGGGUAGUAGGGGUGAGAUUUCAGCCUGUGGGCAGACAGUGAAUUCAGUACAAAUUGCGUGCGUGUUCGCAAGAGAGAGAAAGCAGAAGUGUGUGUGUGUUAGCAAGAGGGAGAAAGCAGAAGGGUGGGGUGUGUGUUAGCAGGAGAGAGGGCAGAAGGGUGUGUGUGUGUAUGCAUGUGUGUGUUAGCAGGAGAGAGAGAGCAGAAGGGUGUGUGUAAC